AUGAAUGAAGAUAUAUUAACUAAAUAUGUUUCUUAUAAUACUAUAAAUAAUACACCAUAUAAUAAUUAUUUUUAUGGGAAAAAAAGAAAUAAAAUGAAAAGCGAAGAUGAUCCAGAAAAUGAUCAUAUAAAUAAAAGAGCGAAGUUAUCGUUGUAUGAAAAUUUUGAAUUAAUAAAAAAAAAAAAACUAAAUGAAAAUGACAUUUGUAUAGAUCAUUUUAAGGAUAUGGAAAAGUAUAUUGAAAAAAUGCAAGAAUUAAGAAGUAUAUAUAAUUAUCUUUUUGAUGAUAAUUUAAGUAAUAGUCAUGAUAUCUUAUGUGUUAACAGAAAAUUUUGUAGUAUUGAAUUUAACGAUAUUAUUGAUAAAAAUAUAUUUUUUGAAGAUUCAUCAGAAGGUUGUAAUAUAUCAAAUUGUGAAAAAUUAUAUGUUAAUAACUCUAAUGUAUUAAUAAAAAAAAAAAAGAAAGAAGAAAACAACAAAAAUAUUAGUGAAAAUAUAAAGGAAAACUCAAUAUUAGUUAAUAAUAUGGAUAAAAAGAAGCAAUAUAUACAAUUAAAAGGUGAUGAUAUAAAAAUUAUAGGUAAAAAAUUUUUGAAUAGUGUAUCUAAUCAAUUAUUGUAUAUAGAUGAUUUAUCUAUGUAUGAUGUUUUAUUGUUACUUUCUUUUGUUAUUCAAUUGCAAAAUGAACAAAAAAACAACGAAAAAGAAGAAAGAAAUUUAGAAAUAAUAGCAAAUAUUGAUGAAUUCCAAACUAAUUCUUAUUCCUUAAAAGAAAUAUACAAAUAUUAUUACAAAGAAAGGAAUUUCCAAUGUUUUACUUGUGGAUUACGAUUUUAUACCAGCUUAGAAAAAUUAAAUCAUAUAGAAAAUCAUUAUAAGAAAAACAAAAAUUACAUGAACAGUUCAGAAAAAUCUAGUAUAAUAAAAAAUAAAAAAAAUUGUAUAUAUCUUGAGCAUGUAAAUUUAUCUAUUGAAUUUUUUAUAUGUAAAAAUUAUUCUUUUCUUGAAGAUUUGUAUGAUAAUGUUGUUACAAAAAAUAGCAAUUUUAUUAAUUUUCAAAAUUCUUUUGAUUAUAAUAUAAAAAAUAAUUUUGAUAAUAAUAAUAAUAACUCAAAUAAUCCCAUGAAUGUAAAAAAUUAUCCCAAUUUAAAUAAUCAAAUAAAUUUAAGUAGUGAAGUAAAUUUUAAAAAUGAGCAGGAUUAUUCAAACACCGGAAUAAAUUUUAAUAAUCAAUUAAAUUUAAAUGAUAAAACUAAAAUUAUUUCUAAUAACAAUAAUGAUGAACAUAACAAAAGCAUUUCAUUUUAUAUAUCUAAUGAGAAUAUAUCAAAUGAAGAAAAUAAUAUAGGUAUAAAUGAUAAAAAUAUUGAAAAUAUAUUUGAUUUUACUAGAAAAUGUAAUGAAAUUGAUAGUUUUUAUUGUUCAAAUCGGACUGUAUUAGAAAAAAAUGUUAAAGAAAGAAACAAAACAUAUUUUGAAAAUGAUAUAAAAAAUACUUCAGAUAAUAAUAAUCAAAUUAAUUGUUUUGAUUUUAUUUAUGGCAAUCAAAACACAUAUGAUGUUUAUUUGUCGAAAUAUUACACUAUUACUGAAGAUAAUAAUGUACUUAUAAAUUAUAUAGAUGGGGUUACAAUGUACAAAAAUAUUAUGAAAUGUUUAGAAAUAAAAGAUAUUUUGAAUUAUGAUUUUCCUUCAUGGAUUCCUAAAAGAAGUUUAAAUAAUUUUUUGAUUAAAAGAAUUACAGAAAUGAAUGAAAAUACAGGUAAUCAAAAAAUCUUUAAUAACAUUUUAACAAAUAAAAGUACAAAUAAUUUUUCAAAAAAUAACAAUACUGAUGAAAAUAAAUACAGAGAAAAUUUAGAUAUGCAAAAUAAUAUAUGGCAAAUAUGUACAAGUAAUGAUUUUUAUAUUAGUAAAAAUUUGUCUCCAAUAAAUACAUUUUUAUCAGCGACAAAAGUAUAUAGUAAGGAAUCGGAUGAUAAGACAAAUUUUGCAUAUCAUAAGGUAGAUGAGAUCAAUUUAAAUAAUAUGACAAAGUUUUAUAAGAUUUUUCAAGGUAAUAAUAAUAAUCCCAAUGAAAAAAAAUGUAUAUUUAAUUCAGAUGAAGGGAAUUUUACUAAUAAACAUGCUUUAAAAUUACAGCAGAUAAAUAUUAAGGAAUGUAAGGAAAACAAUGUUGUAAAGAGUGAAAAUUUUUUUUCUGAUUCUAGAUUUCAAAUUGAUAUUAUUAAUUCUUUUCUUAAUAUUUUUAAUGAGAAAUAUUUUUUACAAAAUAACGUUUUUAAACAUAUUUUUCUUUUUUAUUUGAGGAAAUCUUAUUUUUUAAUGCUUAAAAAUUUUAAAAGCAACACAGAAUUUAACGAAAUUCAAAAUAGACUAUUUAAUUAUAUUUAUGACAAUUAUACGCAGAAAACAUCUAUAUUUGAUAUAAAUAAUUAUCAUAAUAAUGAGUGCUUGCUAUGCAAAGAAGUGUUUUCUUUCGAUUAUUCUUAUGAAUAUAAUGAUUUUUAUUAUGUAGAUGUUAUUUCUGUAGAUCUAAAUAAUAUAUUUGAAGAUGAAGAGGAAGAUAAUUAUGAUUUUAAUUUGAGUACAGAUAAAAUCAAUGAAGCAUGUGAAUGCAUAUAUAAUGAAAAUGGAUACGAUAUAAUAAAUAACAAAUUAAAUAAUAUGGAUAUUUUUCUUGAUACAAAAGAAAGCUUAAAAGAAGAAAAUAUUAAGGAAUGUACUUUGUCUGAAUUACAUUCCAACAGAAAAAAUGAGACAAUAUAUAAAUCAAUAAAUAUCGAUGAUUUUUUGGAGGAUAUUAAAAAUAUUAUUAGCGAAAAUUGUUUUCUAAGAAAAUCAAAUAUAGAAUCAUCUUUAGACUAUAAUUACCAAAUAAAAAAUUUAAAAAAAAAGAAAAAAAAAGAUGAUUUCAUUUAUUACUACAAUAACUUAUUUAAAAGUUUUUGUAUUCCUUACGAAACAUUAGAUAUAUUACAUAAAUUACAGAAAACAAAUAUAGAAAAGAAUAAAAUAGGUAACCAAUUAAAAAAUUUUGAUGUAAAAAAAGAAUUCAUUGAUGAAGAGAUAAACGCAUUUAUAAAAAAUUUUGAAAAUGUCAUUAAUGACAUAACUGAUGAUAUAUUAGAAAAUUCUUAUAAAAAUAGAAGCAGAGCAAGUUCCUUUAGAGAAGUAAUAAAAAAUUACAUAUAUAAUGACAAUAAAAAUAAAAAUAUAUAUAAUAAUUUUUACUUUCCUUCAAAAAAUUAUAUUCACACGAACUUUACCUAUUUCCACACACAAUGUUUUAAAAGUUACAUAGAAUUUUAUAUAUUACCAUAUUAUUUUAUAAGAAAAUUGAACGAUAAAAAAUUUAAAGAAAUUAUUAUAUCAACUAUUAAAAGUUUUUUUAAUGCAUACCAAAAUGCUUGUAAAUUCAUAAAUAAAGAAAAAGAAAGUAACAGUCAUAAAUUGAAAAAACAAAAUGUAAAGAAAGAGAAAAUAAAAAAAAGAAAACAUUUUUAA